AUGCAGUCCCCUUCUUUGACCGAAUGCGAGAAGAGCCUCCCCGCAGCUGACGGCUGCUUCAUCAUGUGGCGCGACUAUAUGGAUCUCCGCGCGACUCUGUCGCAGCUCCUGGAGCAUCGGGAUGAAGCACGCGCCUCCGCUGAGGACGGGACACCCGCGGAGGGUCCGAUGAGAGCCGGCUCCACCAGCAGCGCCUCCAGCACCUCCGCCUCCUCCAGCCGUGACCUGCGCACCCCGCGAGACAUCUGCAGAUUAUGCAGACAAAACGGAGAGACGGCGCUGGUUUACACGAGUCACAGGCUGAAGGCACGAGACGGACGGAUCCUCUGCCCGAUCCUGAGGAGCUACGUGUGCCCGUUCUGCUCCGCCACCGGGGACUGGGCGCACACGCGCCACUACUGUCCGCGGAGAAACACACCGGGGACCAGCAACAUGUGAAUCAAUGCACUCGCGCACUUCUGUUCACCUAAAGACUGUAAGCCUGUGUUCGAAGUAGCCUAUGUUGUGAAAAUAUG